AUGGAUGGGGGGGUUGAGGUGAGGCAAGAUCUUUGCAACAAAAAGAUCUGCAGCCAGUUGGCUGCUGUCUCUUUGCCUUUGCUUAACCAAGGGAUCUCAGGGGACAUUGUUGUCAAGAAGUCAAAAAAUUCAGAUAUUGCCUCUUCUAUGUUCUUUCCUCUUGAACCGCCAUCAUCAAUGCUAACUGUAACUGAACGAAGAACGAUAUACAAAGAAAAAUAUGAUUGUGUAGAUUUCUACAAACAGCCAGCGUUUGAUCAUCAUGCCUUGAAGAAUCAUAAUUUUCAUCCUGAGAUGAGAAUGAGUCAAGAUCCUAAGGGAAGAAUAUAUGAAGAUUCUUUGACUACCCAAGAAUCAUUCACUAAUAUAUGGAAAAACGGUAAAGGAUGUCCUACCGGUACUGUUCCUAUCAAGAGAAAAACUAAAGAUGAUCUCAUCAAAAUCCGAAUGGCCACAGAAAUAUACGAUGAAUCAUAUAAGCCCCUCACAAUUCAGGAACCAGGCACACAUUAUGCUAUAUUGUACACAAAUCCUAGCACGGGAAAGAAGUUCAAUGGAGGAGGAUUUGAAACCACUGUAUACAACCCACAACCUGUUACUGGCUCUCAAUACAGCUCUUCUCAAAUAAAGAUCACAAAUGGUGGAGAUAGUAUAGAAGUUGGAUGGACGAGUCUGAAUUGA